UGUUCAGUUUCUAAAUUUGAAAGUCUGAACUUUCAAUCCCACACUAUCACAUUGCAGAAGAAGCAAGCAAGCCUCGACUAAUCAAGGCCGCAGCCCCAUGCGGAAUGCUAGCUAGUUUAAAGAUUCAAUCUUCUCAUUGUGAAUGAACAUAGUUCUGCUCUACAAGUUGGGGAACAAUGGGUAGCAGAUGCAGAGCACUCGUGCUUCUUUGUCUUUCAUGUUUGAUGAUUCUUGCUUGUUCUGAGACUAACACUUUAGAGCAAGGCAAACAGCUCAGACAUGGGGAGCUGCUGAGAUCAUCUAAUGGUAUCUUCCGGUUAGGAUUCCUCCAGCUUUCCAGCUAUGAAGAUAAAUCUUUCUUAGGAAUAUGGUAUAAGGAUAGCGGAUGGUAUCAAAAUGAAGGCAACACUCCAAUUGUCCAAUUCCCAGUGUGGAUUGGAAAUCCAAACAACCCAAUCUUCAAUCGUUCUGGAAUUCUCUCUGUCAACCGCAAUGGAUGCCUGCAGAUUUUAUCUGGUGAGAAGGAGAUCAUUGCCUUGUGUUCAACUAGAGCUUCAAUUCAGGCUCGUGCCACCCUACAGGACGAUGGCAACUUUUUACUGCAGCAACUGAAUUCAGAUGGAUCUAUUCUUGCUUGUUCUGAGACUAACACUUUAGAGCAAGGCGAACAGCUCAGACAUGGCGAGCUGCUGAGAUCAUCUAAUGGUAUCUUCAGGUUAGGAUUCUUCCAGCUUUCCAGCUAUGCAGAUAAAUCUUUCUUAGGAAUAUGGUAUAAGGACAGCGGAUGGUAUAAAAAUGAAGGCAACACUCCAAUAGUCCAAUUCCCAGUGUGGAUUGCAAAUCGAAACAACCCAAUCUUCAAUCGUUCUGGAAUUCUAUCAGUCAACCGCAAUGGAUGCCUGCAGAUUUUAUCUGGUGAGAAGGAGAUCAUUGCCUUAUGUUCAACUAGAGCUUCAAAGGCUCGUGCCACCCUACAGGUCGAUGGCAACUUUGUACUGCAGGAACUGAAUUCAGAUGGAUCUGUGAAGGGGAAUUUAUGGCAAAGUUUUGAUCAUCCAACGGACACUCUCCUACCGGGGAUGAAGCUAGGAUUUAACUUGAAAACUGGGUUCAAUUGGACUCUGACAUCGAGGAGAAGUUUCUUCUCACCAGCCUCAGGCUCUUUUACACUGGCAGUGGAUCCCAACGACACAAAACAGCUGGUCAUAUUGCGGCGAGAUGAUGUAUACUGGAGAAGUGGACCUUGGCAACGUAGCAGCUCUGGCUUUCCACACUUAAAGUCCUUGCAGGAUUCUGGCUACCACUUUAGCUUCACUCAAAAUGAGAAUGAAACGUACUUCAAUUUCACUGCAAACCAAGCACUAGUCGUUUUCCCAAAACUAAGAAUAGAUUAUCUGGACUCGUUUGAUGUGCUCCAGAUUUAUGUUGAUGGAAGCUGGAGAAAUUUAGUUUCAUGUACUAAUCAAUACAGUUCAUCCAUUACAGCCGGAUGCACAAAGCAAAAGCUUCCUGAGUGCAGGGAUACUAUGCUUGAUUACGAUCGCAUCUCCUCGGACUACGGUGCAAUGUCCAGCCCUGGAUACAGAUUCAGCGAUAGUGAAAACCUGACUCUUGAAGAUUGUAAGGUCAAAUGCUUGCUAAACUGUUCGUGUUUUGCCUUUGCUACCACGAAUGAUAAGGAUGAAACUGGCUGUGAAAUUUGGGUAUCGAGGGCAUUUUUCAGACAAACGUAUAACGGUCGCAUGAUAUACAUGCUUCCUUCCAAAGGGAAUAAAUGGUGGCUAUGGCUAACCAUUGUAGUUGGAGGAAUGAUGAUCAUACCUACUCUGUUCUCUUUCUGCUACAUCAUAUGGAAAAAAUGCACAUCAAAUGGGGAUGAAAACAUUAAUCAAAGGACACUAAUAAAAGAAUUGGAAGGCAGUGAUGCGCCUUCCAUCUCAUUUGGAAAGCCAAAAGGUCAUAAGAAGGAUAGAAAUGAGCUCCAUGUCUUCAGCUUUGAAAGCAUUGUCUCUGCUACAGACUACUUUUCAACUGCAAAUAAGCUUGGAGAAGGCGGUUUUGGACCAGUUUACAAGGGUACACUAUUUGAUGGUCGAGAAGUGGCAAUAAAAAGACUCUCGAGAAGUUCAGGCCAAGGAGUGGCUGAGUUCAAGAAUGAAGCACUGCUAAUUGCAAAGCUGCAACACAUGAAUCUUGUGAGGCUUCUAGGAUUUUGCAUUCAAGGAGAUGAAAAGAUAUUAAUCUAUGAGUAUAUGCCAAACAAAAGCUUGGACUCCUUUCUAUUAGAUCCUGCAAAGAAGAAAAUGUUGAAUUGGAAGAUGCGUCUUAACAUCAUUGAAGGGAUUGCUCAGGGGCUUCUUUAUCUUCACAAGUAUUCUAGAUUGAGAGUGGUUCAUAGAGACUUAAAGGCCAGCAACAUUUUAUUGGACUGUGAGAUGAAUCCAAAAAUAUCCGCUUUUGGUAUGGCUAGAAUAUUUGGACUGAAUGAAUCUGAAGCAAACACAAAUAGAGUUGUUGGAACAUAGUAAGUAGUUCUACAUUUGUAAAUUGUCUUUGUUUGCCCUACCAAAUGUUGACAAAAUGGUGUUUUGAUGAUUUCUACAGUGGUUAUAUGUCUCCAGAAUACGCCUUUCAUGGCCUUGUUUCUAUCAAAACUGAUGUUUUUAGCUUCGGAGUUUUGCUACUAGAGCUUGUAAGCGGAAUGAAGAAUACCAGUCGCUAUUAUUCUGAGCAUCCACUUAACCUUGUAGGAUAUACAUGGCAGCUUUGGAAUGAAGAUAGAGCCUUGGA